GACCCACAGGCGCCGACACCACCGCCAUACCGGUAUCAGACAUGGUCCCGCUCCAACACCCUCGGAUGGGAGAUCCCUUGAAGAGAUCUUCUGGCAUCUUGGCAAGGCAACUCCUUCCCGCCUACAAGUACUCAUCUACCGGUACAGUACGAGUACCAUAGCCAGCUCGGUGGGGUUUCGGAUUAUCUUUACUGCUUUCCUGCAAAUUUCGAUCGAUUUACUCAGACACCUCUGAUCUUCAAUUCGCCUUUUCCCUAGCGCCGGCCCAUCAACAUCGCAGGGUUCGCAGCGGCAUCAAGCAUCAUCUCCGCUCGAAAUUGGGAAAACCUCUUAUCUCUCGCGUUGUGCGAAGUGGAGCGAAAUACGGUGGUCCGCUCGUGCAUCUAUCUGGAGGAAAGAAGAAAUAUGGUAAUUGCGAUCCCCUUUCCCUCUCCCCACGCAUGCUGCACCUCCGGGCCGGAGAGGCGAGAGAGAUCUAACCGGUUUUAACGAGUACCCUACCGGUAUGGGACCAAGGCCAGGAUGCUGCAUGGGUGAGUAUCAAUCAACGUGUGGCCGUCCAUGCUCAAAGGGGAUCACAAUCAAAAUUGGAGGGGUGGGCAAUUUCACAGGCACGAUAAUACGAUUAAAAAUAAUAAUUAGAGCUCGAGUUGCGAGAUAAAGUAGCAAUCCCCUUCCUUCCCCCUCCCCCGACGUCCGAGCCCGUUUGCGGAAUAUGAUCGACACAGGGUAACUCCCCAACUGAUUGGACGGGAAUAACCAACCGAACCGCAAAGCCUCGGGAAUGGCGAAAGGUACCGUAGGGUUCGAGAAAAAAAAAUAUAAAAGAAAAAGUAAGAAGGAAAGCCCAAUGUCUCACCAAAGCUUUGGUACUGGUAUUUAUUUUUAUACAGUAGUGUUUUCAUUCUUUUUCCUUUUUGUCUUCCCUUUUUCCCUCACACAUACCGGUAAUAUGAUACUCCUACGCUUUAAAACUUUAUCCUUGAAGGGCACGAGUAUGAAACCGCAUGCAACGGGGGCCAACAAUCCGCGCACCAGAAUGUGAGGAUGGGCACCGGCGAACGAGUGCGGGAAAUCCAUUAAAUGGCCGUAUAUUUCUUUUCUUUUGGCAUUUAUGGACGGAUGGGUGGAUGGGAUCUUGAUGCCCUGUUUUGCGUGAGGUCCGAUAUCCGUGACGUUUUGCCCGCUCACCUGCUUGUGAUGAUACCUCGGCUGUCAGUUUUUUUUUUUUUUUUUUCCUUGCUGGAGAGAGAACAAAACUGACAAAACGCCACUGCCGGCAAAAGGAUUUACCUUGGAUUUGGGGAAAUAGGAAGGUUCCUGAAUCUUUAAAACGACAGCUGAGAUUUUCUACCCCAGGAUUUCGCCAUAAAUUUGCCCUCUCUCCCUCUCCCUCCUUCUCCGUGUCAGCACUGCAGUUCAGCCAUCAUGUAGGUAGCUAUAAAGAUUCG